CCUCGGCGAGGCUUGGCUGUGGGGAGAUUGAUGCAGGGGUGAGGUGGGAGGCAGGUGAGAGGGUGCCGUGGUUCGUGGCUCAGGUGCCUUCAGUGCAUGCAGGGGAUGUGGAAGGCACUGCUGGACCUUGUGUUGGUGGCAGGGUGGGAGGUUGGGUGCUGCUCUGCCUGGCAAGGGGACUCCUAGCUUGCAUAUCCCCCCUUCCUUGUAACAUUAAGAGCCCUUUUGACCCCAAAUCCCACAUGUGCACAGCAACACAUCUUCCCAAGCAGCACAUAGUUUAUGGCCAGCAGUGCCCAUGAGUCUGAACUUUGAGGCUCCCCUCCUUCCUCUCAAGAGACUCUGCAAGGGGCUGUCAGCAGCUGUCAGCACUUUGCUGUGUCUGGUCACAUACCAACCGGUGCAGGAGCAGCUCAAGCAGCAUGCACAGCUGCAAGCUUUCUGCACACUGAAACAUCUGGGCAUUGCUCCUUGUGGAGCCAUACAGCAGCAUGGCUUGACUGCAGCUCUGAAGGCAUCGUCAAGGCCACCCUUCUAUCCCUUCCGCUUGUGCCCCAAACCUGCUGUACAAGGGUGCUGUGCCAGACACAGUAGCACAAAACAGCCUGAAGUGCCACAGAAAUUCUGGGCAGAUCCAUCGGCUUCUCACACCCUUCCCUCUUUGUUUUCUGCUUGCUUGCUCCUUCCCCAUGCUCCACUCUCCUCCCCUGUCCCUGCAGACUCAGUGCUGCCUGCAAUUGUUGCCUGCUGCUAAGAUAGAAAUUUGGCCUUACCGAGGGCAGGUGAAGGUGUUUUGACAUGGUGCAAUUUAUCACCGUCGCACACUGCCUGGGGCAGAAUUUUCCAAGAUGUGUGCUGCUAUUGGGACCUUUUCCUUUGCUGUUAAACCAGGAGCAAGGGAAGCACUUCUCAGCUGCAUGGUUACAUCUGUGCAAACCAGCAGGGCUAAUAGGUCUGGAGAUGGCACAAUAGAGUUCAUCACCUUGCAUAUGAUAUCUUCUGCCCUUCAUUACCGUAUGGGGCAGGGCUCUUGGCCAUAGGAUAAGGUCUGAUAAAGGUUUCCUGUCCCACGUCCCUUGUCCCAUGACGUGGAACAGAAAAGAACGUUAUCCAUUAUACAUAGCAUGUCCUAUAGGGCACUGGUCACCCUCAUUUAUCACUGGAGAUAUCAACUGAAACAGGAAUCGCCGUCUUUUGUGACUUUGCCAAAGGUCUUCCUUUCCUAUUAAACUGCUGACCUGGACUGGCUACAAGGUUGGAAGAGGAAUGGAGUACAAAGCCAAGGUCAUUGCAGGUCUCCUGGCAGCCACCUGUGUCUUUAGCAUCGUUGCCCUCAUACUGAGUGCUGUAAAUGUGAAGGAUGUGUUGCUGCCUCCUGGCACUAAGUAUGGCCUGGUGUUCGACGCCGGCUCCACGCACACGGCUCUCUACGUCUACCAGUGGCCUGCAGACAAGGAGAACGGCACGGGCAUCGUCUCCCAGAUGGAGUCCUGCAUUGUGAAUGGAUCUGGCAUCUCCAGCUAUGCAGAUGAUCCCACUGGAGCUGGUGCCAGUCUGAAGCCCUGCCUGGACAAGGCCAUGGCAGUCAUCCCUGCAGAGCAGCAGUGGCAGACACCCACCUACCUGGGGGCCACAGCGGGGAUGAGGCUGCUGAGGGAGCAGAACAGCACAAAGGCUGAGCAGGUCUUUGCUGAGGUCACCAAGGCCAUUCGUGAGUACCCUGUGGACUUCCGUGGAGCUCAGAUCCUCACCGGGAACGAGGAGGGCUCCUUUGGCUGGAUCACUGUCAACUACCUGCUGGACACACUUAUCAAGUUUUCCUUCGCAGGAAAAUGGGAACAUCCACAAAACACUGAGGUCCUGGGAGCUCUGGAUCUUGGAGGAGCCUCAACACAAAUAACCUUCCAGCCUGGAGUCACCGUUGAAGAUAAAAACACGUCUGUCCUCUUCAGGCUGUACGGCACCAACUACUCACUCUACACCCACAGCUACCUGUGCUAUGGGCAGAUGCAGGCCUUGAAGAGGCUGAUGGCAGCUCUCCAUCAGGACAGCCGGUACGCCCAGCAGAUAUCACACCCCUGCUACCCCAAGGGAUACCAGGAGAACAUCACCGUAGCAGAGCUCUACGACAGUCCCUGCGUCCCCAUUCCAAGCACGCUCAGCCCUGCACAGAUCCUCACAGUAACAGGGACGGGGAACCCGGCGGCGUGCCGCACCGCCAUCCUGAAGCUCUUCAACUUCACCUGUGGGGCCAACAGGACGUGUGGGUUCGACGGGGUCUAUCAGCCACCUGUGAGGGGACAGUUCUUUGCCUUUGCUGGGUUCUACUACACCUUCUCCUUCCUGAACCUGACCAGCCAGCAGUCUCUAAGCCAUGUCAAUGCCACAGUCUGGGACUUCUGCAACAAGAACUGGUCCAAGCUGGUGGAGACCUUCCCAGACAAUAAGGAGCACCUACACACAUACUGCAUGGUGGGACUUUACAUCUUAACACUGCUGGUCGAUGGCUAUAAGUUUGAUGAGCGCACGUGGAGCAACAUCCACUUCAGCCAGAAGGCAGGAAACACAGAUAUUGGCUGGACGCUGGGCUUCAUGCUGAACCUCACCAACAUGAUCCCCACGGAGGCUCUGGAACACAUCAAGGGGCAGCAGCCCAGUCUGUGGGCAGGAGCCAUCUCCUUCAUUGUGCUGGCUAUAGUUACAGGCCUGGUGGCAAUUCUCCUCCAGUGUUUCUGGAAAUCCAAGUAGCUCCAAGUAGCUCCAAGAAGCCUACGGGCACCCUGCCUUCUAAACCAGGCAGGGAGGGUGGUGCAAGAAAAGGUGGAAGCAGGAGAGGGAAGAAGGCAUUAAGCCCCACCUCCACUGCUCAUGAAGUCUUAUUGAACCACAUCUGUAAAGACAUCAAAGGCAUCUUGAGCUCCCUACAAACCUCAACGAGGAAAUGAUGCCAGAAACCUCUUCAAUCUGGCUGACAAAGGCCAAACUGAGAUGUGGCGGCCAUAAGAAUUCAAGCUAGAAAUAAAGCCCUUUUUGUUUUUCAAAUACAAAGGUCACUAACAAGUCUAGCAGAGCUUCCAUCCCUCAGCACUUCCACACCUGCUGGGUUGGCUCUCCCAGCUGCAGCUGUGGAAGGCAAUGGGUGCUGGAGAGCAGUGGUGGCCACCUAGGCUCUGGGGAGAGGACUGGCAUUUUCUGUAUCCUGUCUUGUAUAAGAUGUGCAAGAUUUCUGUAGUAUGUGGUAGAAUAUCUUUCCAAGGACAGACUGUCAGCUGUCUGUAAGUUAUUUACAAUCAUAUCUCAGCAAAAAAAAAUACAAUUGGAACUUGAUUUAA